GUAUGUGUGUUUUUCAAAAAUGCAGGUGAAACUGUAUUUUGAAGAACCGAGUUACCUCAAAACUAAAAAGCACAGCACUUUUCUGAUGUAGGAAUAAUAAUAAUAAUAAUAAUAAUAAUAAUAAUAAUAAUAGUAGUAAUAAUAAUAAAACAAGUUUCGCCGUCAGAUCUGUAGCAAUGGACGAGAUUCGUCCCUUGGUGUUGCCUCAACGUCAAGACUGCACUGAGCUCCCUACUCCUAACCUGGAGCCCAGACACAGGGAGCUCCUACCAACACCAUGUGGACCAAUAAAGCGGUGGUCGGAGCUCCCUUGCCUUGUCAAGAUCUAUUUCUGCUUCGCUCUCGUUUCUCUCCUGGCCCUCCUCAUCCUCACCGCAAUCAACAUUCAGAAAGAGAGCCAGAGUUCAAGCAGUGGUGAUGACGAUGACCUCACCAUCUCCCUCAUCCAGCUCGUGGGCAUCCUGUUCUGCGUGUACUACAUCACGCGGGGCGUGCUGCAGGAGAACCGGCAGGAGCUGAUCGUCUUUGUGCUGUGCGUGCUCGUGGUCAUGGUGCGCUCCGUGGUCAACUUCAGCGUGCUGCCAUCUUAUCCAACACUGCUGACGGUACGUUUUGUGUGUAUCCUGUGUGUUGGUGUGCUGCACGUGAUCUGCGCCUUGUUGCUCAUUCAAAGGCCCAACAUGAUGGCCUUCCGUGUGGGCGGAGCUUUGGAGACCCUACAGGAACAGUAUUUCCUACUGAACUUCUGCUUCUCAAUGGUGACCUUUGACCUUCAGGCCCAGCUGUGCCUGUGCAUCCUAAUACUAACCUCGGGUACCACCAUAUCCUACGCCCACACUGUAAUUCUGGGAAUUGGAGUUGUGUGGGCCUGCCUCACUGCUGCAGCUGGAGCCAUUGCUGUUUUGAAAGAACUGAAGCCACUCGUUUGGAUUUUCGUCAUCCUGAACUUGCCACAGCUGGGCUAUUUCGUUUAUCUCCUUUACUCAAUCAUUUCCCAGUGGGGCCAGAGCAAGACCUACAUCCUGGAGGCGGCGGCCGUGACCGGCUGCGCGCUGUCGGCGGUCAUCAAGGGCGCGCUGCUCUGGAGCCUGUUGCGCCUGUACGGCAGCUUCGGCCAGGGCCUGCGCGAGAGAAUGUUUGCCGCACGCCUGCCGUAGGUGAAGAGGACGAGCAGGAACGCGACGGCUUUCAGAGAGGCCAGCCAACGGGUCGUACGCAAAUACGACAUUUGCGUUUUUAAUUUUUUUAAAUUAUUAUUAUUUUUUUUUUGCUUUUAAUGAACGUUUUAACAUGGAGUGCGUGGCAGCUACCGUUGUACCCCGGACUGGUUUCCAAACCUCAGAGUAAUAUGAGCCAUCGUAAUCUUGGUGAUUAAUGCGGAUGGUCUUGAUUUUUACACUCCGUUCACUGAUCAUUACAAUGUCCGCGAGCCAUCGAGUGAGCGUGGCUGACUAACGCGACACGGCCGAACGCCUCGCGGUCUCUGAGCGAUUGAGGUCUUAGUUACUGAUAGAAAUGCACUGCUCAGAUGUGAAAGGGUGAACUUUAAGACUCAAAUAAUAAUAAUAAUAAAAAUCAAGUAUUAUUUAUUAUUAUUAUUAUAGAUUGAGACUGCAAGCAAAGCAUUCAGGAUUUCAUUUAACGUAUUGCUUCUUUACUUGUAGCAGAUGUAACAUGCAUGCGUUAGCCACACAAUGACCUGCUUUAAAAUGCUCGAUGUGUUAAAAAUUGUUUUUGCACAAAGACCUGCGUUUCCAAGCUUUAGCCUUUCUUAAAACUCGGUCAGUUUUUUUUUUUCCACUGUGUUUGUAGAUACAAUUUUAAGUUCAUAUACUAUAUCCAAGUGCCUGAGUAAUCCUUAAGACUACAUGUGAGAUCGGACAUGUGACGCUGAUGUCUCUCGUCACAUACAGCCAGUUUGAGUCUCGUCUGUGCCAAGAAGAAAAAGCAUAUUGUGCCUGUCAGUCAGGCUUCCAAACCCCCCGCCCCUUCCCGCGUUUUCUGGGUUUGAACUGAUUUAACAAACGGUAGGUUGUGUGUACUCCUGGAAGAUGGUCAGAACUCCCACCCCCCAAUCGUUUGAUACCAACUGCUGGAAGGGAGAAAAGCUCCAUGCAGGAGUGCACGACCUGACAACUUGGGGAAGUAUCGCAACCCAGAGGACUGGACCGUGUCUUGCGUUUGCAGUCCUUUCUUCUCAUUUUGACUGGUUUAACAGGAGAUUACUGUGACACUUUAUAAACGCUUCACAUGUAGAGAUGACACUUUUUUAAAGACGCGUUCAGGAUAACUGUUUUUGUACCUUUUGUUCACACUAUUCUUUGUUAGUCUCCAUUUACUGAAGAUGUUACUCUUUCUACUUCACGUGCUGUAAUUACUUCAGAGACGUAUACAGAAUAAUGUAUUUAAUCAUUUAAUUUGCAACUUUUGGAUUUUUCUUUUGAUAGUACAGCUUUCUCUAUUUUCAAAAACUCAUUUGUGAUUAAAAAAGUGGCAAUAAAUACAUUAGACAACCACG